AUGCCGAACGACGUGAACACGGCACCUAGACUGCCGAAUGGUAGCCACGAGCACGCCACAGACGCACCUGACAGGAGGGGGGAUUCCAAUACUGUCUCAGUCCAAUCCCAGCAGAUCCAAUCCACUCUAGGCGAUAAUCAGUCGUUCGCAGGGAAAAGUCGUGGUAAUGAUGGAAUACCCAUCGAAGACAGCCCGAGAGAUCACCACGAAUUCGUUGACGUGACGCCCGAAGUUGACGAAACCCUGAGUUCGCGAACACUUGUUGCUGUUGGUCCUCUCGACAUCGCUCCCGACUCUUUCCACUUCUCGAAUCCAAGCGAACUGGCACUGCGAAUGCCCUAUCCAACGACGAUCAUUGAGGACACACUAAGCUUGUGCUAUCACCCCAUACACUCCGAUCAUCGGCUCCGUACCUGCGUGGCAGAAUAA